UCGUUGUACUUCAGUGUUGGGCGUUAGCGUUAUAUGAGAUUGCAUAAACAGAAAUGCCAUAUUUUAAGAGUACGGGCUCGCGGCUGGAUCGAAUAAAAUAACCAUACCAUCUCCACCAGGUUGCUAUUGUCCUGUAAACGAAGUGGUUAGCUAGCACAGUUAGCGUCAGCUGUGGAAAUCUGAACCCUGUUCAGUGUGGCUGUUUGCUAAGACGUGACGGUCGCACAUAUUGUUUCACAUUAGCACAACAGGAUAUCUGUCUUGUGUUGCUGCUGCACCUCAAGAAGAGGCUGAAAUCUGUUCAAGAGGAAUUCCCAUUAAGCAAGCUGCUACACACUGAAGAAUGUAGCUAUGUGGGGACAAGAAAGAAGUGUGAGAGGUGAUCUUCCCAAAUCCGCUGGUCUGGACACACUGAGUGGGUGUGGGUGUGUAAGGGUGGAUGUUUGUAUGGAUGCUCUUGACUGCAUGCAGAUUUAGCACCCUGGCCUGAUGGAAAAGAGAGACAGGAAGCCGGGAUAUUUUGCCAGGCUGAAGAGGCGCAGACAGCUCAAGCAGAGCCAAUCGGAGAAGACUGUGACCGAGCAGAACCCCGCCAUCAUUUCCUGUCCAGACAUCCCAAAUGACGGCGACCCCACCAAGAAGACAGACCUACAGAGAAUAACAUCAAAGCCGCCUGCGGGCUCGGAUGAUGGCUGUAAAAGUGUUAAGGCAAAGAGGGAGAAGAAGAGGCCACCAGGGACGGUGGACUUCACUGUGGGACCGGAUGAUUCCCUCAACAGCAUCGCUCUCAAGUUCAACAUCACCCCGAACAAACUGGUCCAGCUGAACAAACUCUUUACUCGAAGCGUUUACCCCGGUCAGAAGCUGUUCGUCCCCGAUGUGAGCCAGUCAGAAGCCGACCCGAAGUCUCAGAGUUCCUCGGAUCUCUCGUUCACAAAUGGCUUAUCAGAGAAAGCGUCACAUGACGGCAUUUCAAACGGCAAGUCAGCAAAGACCCUCCGGCGGGAGCUCUCCCCAAACUCAGAGGAUGAGAGCCCUGCAACGGUUAAAUUCAUCAAGAUGAGCUGCAAAUAUUUCACUGAUGGCAUGGGAGUGGUGGGGGGCGUGCUGAUUGUGACGCCCAACAACAUCAUGUUUGACCCCCACAAGUCAGACCCCCUGGUGAUCGAACACGGCUGCGAGGAGUACGGCCUGAUCUGCCCCAUGCAGGAGGUCGUCUCCGUGGCGCUGUAUGACGACGUGUCACGCAUGAAGCUCAAAGAUGCUCUGCCAUCAGACCUACCCCAGGAUUUGUGUCCUGUGUACAGGCCCGGCGAGUGGGAGCAACUGCCGUCAGAGCGAGAUCUAAACCCCUUCAGCCGCUACCAGGCUCUGGAUCCAAAGCGACCAAUCGUCUUGGACGGCAUCAAAUCAACCCUCUCAGAAACUGUGAACACAGAGGGCGAGCAGACGCAGAAGUCUCCGUCAGAUGAAGGCUUUACAGAGUUGGAGCCGACUGCAAACGGGAGCACUGAAGAGGCGGAGGGGACAUCCUCCAAAACACAGAGCAUCGUCAGCAGGGACCGACAGGAUCUCGGGCCGAGCUGCCCAGGCCGGGGAGACUUUCAGCACAAGUCGAUUCUGGGUCGAACUAAAGCGAGGCUGGAUGAUGAUGAAGAGGAUGAGGGCGUAGCUCAGAACCGCUCCAUUGAGGAUAGAGAUUCAACACAAUCGUCUUUAGAGACUGAAAAACAGGGCGACUCGCAUGAUAAACCUACAAACCGAGAGGAAACCAAAGAUGUAAAACCUAAAGAGACCGAAGAGCUGCUAAAUGGUGCACAUGAUGAAAUAAUCGGCGCAUCAGGAAUCCAAAAUGGGAAAUUGAGUCUGAAGGAGGCUUCGGAGGUUCGCGGCGACUCAAGACCAGCAGGUGGCGCUGAACUCAGUGAGGAGGAGAGACGGAAGAAAAGCUAUGAGGCAGAAGUGAAGUCAUGGCUGCUGCAGAGGAUGCAGGCUCCAAUAGAAGACAUGCUGUUCUCAUCAGAGGAGAAGAGUAAAAUCCCACCAAUGUUCCUGUGCUUCAAGGUGGGAAAGCCAAUGAGGAAGUCCUUUGCCACCGGGAUGACCUCUAGCCCCGCCCACUCAUUUGGGGGUCGGGGUAAACAGCCAGAGUACUGGUUCGCAGUGCCGCAAGAAAGGGUGGACCAUCUGUAUGCAUUUUUUGUCCAGUGGUCUCCAGAUGUUUACGGGAAGGAAGCUCGAGAGCAAGGCUUUGUUUUGGUGGAGAAAGAUGAGCUGGACAUGAUCGACAACUUCUUCAGUGACCCUGCAUCUUGCAGCUGGGAGAUCAUCACCAUCGACGAGGCCAAGCGUAGGCAGAGUUUCAGCAGCUGUGACGGAGAGUUGUCAGUAGAUGCACUGCCCGUACUCAGUGAGGCCAGUAGUCUGCUGCAGGACACACACAUUGAGAAGCUUGCCUGUCGCUUGCCGGCCCGUGUGCAGAUUUACCCCUGGAGACUGGCCUACAGCACUGUGAAACAUGGGACCAGCCUGAAGACUCUGUACAGGAGCCUGGCAGACGUGGACAGUCCUGUGCUGCUGGUCAUCAAAGACAUGGAUAACCAGAUAUUUGGGGCUUUCUCGACUCAUCCCUUCAAAAUGAGCGAACACUGCUACGGCACAGGAGAGACGUUCCUCUACAGCUUCUGUCCUGAGAUCAAGGUGUACCGCUGGACGGGGGAGAAUUCUUACUUUGUGAAGGGCAAUACUGAUUCUCUGCAGAUGGGAGGAGGAGGCGGUCAGCUGGGCCUGUGGCUGGACUCUGAGCUGUACAGAGGCACCACCACCAAAUGCGCCACCUUCAACAACCAGCCACUCUCCACCCAGCAGGACUUCAACAUCCACAGUGUGGAGGUCUGGACCUUCGAGUAGCCUCACCUGCUCCCAGCUACUCCUACAUUCACUCUGCUCCAAACCUUCAAACACCCCCAAGUCUUUUACGCGCCACUUGGAGGCAAAUCUAGCUACCCCACAAUGACACUAAAUGUUCUGUGAGAGAGGCUUGUGACUGAAAACAGAGCUCUGUAGCCUGUUUUGAGGUGGGUUUGACCUGCAGGUAGGUUGGCCAGUUCACGUCUGGUUCCUUCCUCCUUCAAAGGUGGAAGUGUGAGAAAACUGUCGUUGCUCUCCGUUCAUUGGCUGCCUUAGACAUCCGUCAACUCCUCCACCUUUCCCAGCAUGCAGACUGCCUUACCACCAAAAGCUCAUGAGGAGACAGAGAAGAGGAAGGAUGAUGUUACUAUUGAGGUUACCCUGAAAAUAUUUUAAGUGUGUAUGAAAGAACAAGGUAUCAAAUAAUGCUGUACUUUAAUUUGUGCAGAAAUAAUGAUGUAAAUAGUGUCUUUGGGAAUGUACAGGAUAAUGUGCUGAAGAUGGAUUUUUUUUACAAUACAAUGAAUUUCAAACUUUAAGGGACGUGGAAAUUGGCAGGGAGAAUUUUUUUGGAUCCUCCACCGUUAAAUUCAUUUCAAUACAGGAGGAAAUGUUUCAAAUGUUUACAAUGGAAGUGUCGCACCUCCUCUGAUGGCCAUCUUGUUCUCUUAUUGUUUUCAUUUAAGAUGUAUGUUUCAUGGCAUUUCCUACAUACAUAUAAUGUUUAAUUUCCCUGUACAAUCCUAAAUAAAGCCAGGUUUGAAAUGACCAAAUAUGUUCUAUUUUAAUUUAAAAUGAGUUGUGAACUUAUUUUAUAAAAUACUUUAGAUUUCUUUAUUUUUACAUUUUAUUUUGUAUUACAUUCUUUUUGUUUUUUAUGGUUGUACUUUUAUAGAAAGUGUUAAAUGGUUCUGUUUGUGAUUGGACCAAACAAGCACUAGAAAUGACUGUUUGUCAAUAUUUAAUUCAUAUCUCACGUCGACUGAUUUUAUCCCUUUUCAUGUGUGGUCAUUGUUGUUCAGAGAGCCCGUAGAAGUUUGCACUUUGCACAACAGAUUAAUUGACAGUCAAUGCUGUGUUGUGGCCCUGUGUAAUUACACAUUUGUUCCAUGUAAAAAUUGUUACUGAAUACUAUUUGAUCACCACAAGAGGCAUGAUUCCUGUCCAACCACAGGUCAGCCUCCGCUUUACUUAAAAAUGGAAAAGUCUGUUUUUGCACUCUGGUAUGCCACUAAUUAAAAAUUCCGAUCUACUAACACGUAAAAUAAAUGUUCAUUUAUAUCUUGUGUGUCUGACACAGGCUUGUAGUGCAUGAAUAUGCGAUACUGCAAAUGUCUGACACCACUGUUAUGAUAUCUGCCAUACUAUUCACUAAUGCCAGUUAUCGCUUCAUGUGAAAAUGAGCUUUGUUGUCUUGUGUUGUAACUGUGAAUGUUCCCUGAGUAUUAUUUCUUGUGAAUCCAAAAUUGCUGUGAUAUGACUAAGGAUCUAUUUAUUGUGAUGUUAUAGCAAAUGCAUUUAAACCUAAAUAAAUGUUAUAUAUACAUAUAUAAUAA